AUGCAGCCCGAUGGACAGCUGCCUCCGGACCAGGCGGCUGAUUGCAACGAUGAGGCCGUGAUUACCUCUCCCAAGGUAUCUGGUGAAAUUCCACCGAUGCCACAUGGUGUGAUGGCCGAAUUUAGUGCCAUGGUCGUGGAUGAUGUGUGUACCGGGAUCAGCCGGCAGCCUUUCCCUACAGAGCUUUUCUUUACAGGGAUGGAGAAUGCCGCGAACAGCUUCGGUCGUGGAUGUUAUGCGAUGCGGCCGAAGUUCGUGGACCCAGACGCGCCUGCCGAUAACAGCGCAAGGCUUCAACCUGGACAGGUGCGUUCAGGUGCGCAGAUUUCUGCGCCGCAGCUGUCAAACACGUUGCGAGUGCACACUGCCCACGGGGCGAGCCCGAUCUUGAUUAAGU